AUGGCUAUAUUGCUUGACGUCCUGGAAAGCCACCACCUGUUGCAAGGUGUCGCAGUGGCACUGCUUUUUAUCUUUGCGUCAACCUUCUAUCAUGAACUAGCGGAUAGUUUUCCAUACAAGAAUAUUCCCCUUAUUGGGAAAAGCAGAUGGGAAGUCACGAACACAAAGGCCAAACAGCGGUUUGUCACAUCUGCAAAAGAUAUCUUUGCAGAGGGGUUUAGCCAGAGCAGAAAAGUGUUUCAGGUGGUUUUCUCUAGUAGGCCGACCAUUGUCCUUCAUCCUACCCUUGUGGAUGAGGUCAAAAACCAUCCAUUUCUUGACUUUAAUGAGGCCAAUCGAAAGAGCUUUUUCGGAUCCAAGAUCCCGGGCUUUGAACCCUUUGAUGGGUUAGACAACGAGGGCAUCUUUCUGGAAGUGAUAAAUAAGAAGAUUACUCAAGGGCUCGGCCAAUUAACCACUCCGCUAUCGAGGGAGACUGCUGCGGUUCUGGAUGAAAAGCUGCCAGAGUCUAAGGAGUGGGUUUCUUUUUCCUUUGCGCAGGAGAUUCCUAAUGUCGUGGCUCGGCUGUCUUCCCUGGUGUUUCUGGGCGAGAAAAUCUGUCGCAACAAGCAGUGGCUGGACGUCUCCGUCAACUACACCAUUGACGCCUUUUUUGCUGCUCGCGACCUCAGGCUUUGGCCAUCCGUUCUUCAUCCUCUAGUCCACUGGGUCCUGCCGACCACUCGCAAGGCCCGGAAAGACAUCAGAAUCGCCUCCGCUAUCAUUAAUGCCGAGAUUGAAAAAAGAAAACUCAUCCGAGAAGGCAAGCUUCCCGAGGAGGAACCCCCAAGGACACACGCAGACACAUUGGACUGGUUCGAAGAGGUUGCGGCCGGGCGGCCGGUGGAUGUCGUUCGCGCCCAGGUUGGCCUUUCCCUGGCUGCGAUUCACACUACAUCGCAUCUCCUCACGAACGUCAUGUACGACUUGACAGCCCACCCGGAGUACAUUCAACCGCUGAGAGACGAAAUCAAAGCCGUCGUCACCGAAGACGGAGGCCUGAAGAAGACCAGUCUUACCAAGUUGAAGUUGAUGGACAGUGUGCUGAAGGAGACCCAGCGAAUGCACCCAGCUGGCAUCGCCUUACUGAACCGCCUUGCCAUGGCGGAAAUCAUCCUUUCCGAUGGCACCCGAAUUCCCAAGGGCGCCAGCGUCGUCGUCUCCGCACACAACCUCGAGGACGAAUCAGUCUACCCGGGCGCAAAGAAAUAUGACGGCUUCCGAUUCUACAGAAAGCGACAGGAACCAGGCAACGAGCACCGCUACCAAUUUGUAACGACCAGCCCGGAGCAUUUCGGCUUUGGACACGGCAUGCAUGCAUGCCCGGGACGGUUCUUCGCCGCGAACGAGGUGAAAAUCCUCCUCAUCCACAUCCUGAUGCGAUACGACUGGAAGUUUGCCGACGAGCGCACAACGCGACCGACCAACUUUAUGCACGGGACUGAGACGAUCUGCGAUCCGACCGUGAAAUUCCUGUUCAAGUCGCGACAGUCGGAGGUGGAACUGGUAUGA